AUGGGUUGUGGAUUGAACAAACUAGAGAAGCAUGAUGAAAAACGACCUGGUAAUAUCUAUUCAACUUUGAAGAGGCCACAGGUAGAAACCAAGAUAGAUGUUUGCUAUGAAUAUCAAUUCCUGGACUUCACGACACUAAAUGAUACUGAGUUGCCAGGAUCAUCUGCAAUCAAGCUCUCCUCCUUGCGUGAUCUUCCAGCUCAGCUGCAAGAAUUGUACCAGCAGGGCUUCGUCUUGGCUGCUGUCCACCCUUUCGUGCAACCAACUGAUGAAAAAGAGAAAACUCCCCAGGAACAAAUCUUCAGGGCUGUGCUUAUCAAGAAAACAGAAAGGUCUCCAAAAGGUGACGUCCACAGUGAAGGAUAUGUCUUGGAGGUAGAGUGCUGUUCCUCUGUAAACCAACUUUCAGACAAAAAGGAGAUACCUGAUUUUAUUAAGAAAAUUCAAGAUGCUGCAAGUCAAGGCUUGAAAUUUGUUGGAAUUAUACCUCAGUACCAUUCCCAAAAGAACUGUCUUGUCAACGCCUCCCUGACACCCGCCAGUAACAACUCUGUGCAAUCAAGAGAUAAUAAAAAUGUUUCAAAUUACCCUGAGGAUCAUGCUUCACUGGAUGGCGAAAUUAAUGGAUGUAAUACUCCAGCACCGAGUGAAGAAAGUGCUGACCAAUGUGCCACAUCCAGGGAGGGCUGGAGAGGUGAAGGACAGGCUACUGAAGAGCUGAACCUCAAGUCUGCGAAGGGGAAUGAAGAACAGUUUCAACAUGCGAACCCAAGUGUAAGAGAAGCAGCAGACAAACCAAAUGGACUUGCAGAGAAUGAAACACCAGCACAAUGCUUAAAACCACUUACUGGCAAAGCAGAGAUCUUCGCUCUCUUCAACAAGCCAAAAACCCCACAAAGAUGCAGUCGGUAUUAUACAGUGACUAUCCCUAUGAGGAUCUCCAGGAAUGGGCAGACUGUCAGCAGCUUAGAAGCAAAUUGGCUGGAGCACAUGACAGAUCACUUCAGGAAAGGAGGCUCAUUGGUAAAUGCCAUCUUCGGCCUUGGAAUGGUAAAUGAUUCUUUGCAUGGGACAAUGGAUGGAGUUUUUCUCUUUGAAGAUGUUGCUGUGGAAGACAGUAAAACCAUGCAGGGCUAUGAUGCGAUUGUUGUAGAGCAGUGGACUGUCCUGAAGGGAGUUGAAGUGCAGACGGAUUACGUUCCGCUGCUGAAUUCCCUUGCCGUGUAUGGCUGGCAGCUGACAUGCGUGCUUCCUACUCCAAUUGUGAAGACAAACAGGGAGGGGAAUUUAUCUACAAAGCAAAUUGUAUUUCUUCAGAGACCUUCUUUGCCCCAGAAAGCAAAGAAGAAAGAAUCUAAGUUUCACUGGAGGUUCUCCAAAGAAGACGUGCACAACAAACAUAUGAAGAAAUCCAUGAAGACUAAAUUAAGUACUAGGGAGAAGCAAAUGGCAGAGGAGAAGCAGGAAUUCGAAGUCACAGAGAACACAAGAAACUUAGAAGCACAGAUCUCAACGGUAGCCAAGCCUGAUCCAGAAGAGCAGCUGGACGAUGUCAUAGACUUGGGAGAUGAGGUAGCAGGGACCAACGACAGAGGUACCCAUCACGACGGGGCGUCAGAAGAAACAUGUCCUGCCAGUUACGAUACUGAUGACAAUGACGUGCAGGUCUGCCUCAGCCAGAGUAUGUCUGGCUGCUGUGUGGAUCAGGUAACAGAGGGGGGAGACUGUGCUCCCGUAUCGGACGGCUGCAAUGGCAGCAAUGGGGCAGGGCUGGACAUGGACUGCUCCUGUGAAUAA